GCGGGGGCCCUUCGGGUCUCUCCCCCCAGCCCCGCUGCGCCAGAUCCCGGGGAGUCCUGCCGCUCUCUGGAUCCUUGGAUCGCGGCAGAGGGUCCCGCCAGGCUCGCCCUCCGCGCGUCGCUCCCGGACGCCGGUCGCCCCCGCGCCCUCUGCUCGCCAGGCCGGGGUCGCCAACCCCCAGUCGCCUCCUCGUUAACUGCUGCUCCUGCGCCUCCGAUUCCUAAGACAGGAUGCCGUCGGGGUUCCAACAGAUCGGCUCCGAAGACGGGGAGCCCCCCCAGCAGCGAGUCACUGGGACCCUGGUCCUCGCCGUGUUCUCUGCGGUGCUCGGCUCCCUGCAGUUUGGCUAUAACAUUGGGGUCAUCAAUGCCCCGCAGAAGGUGAUUGAACAGAGCUACAAUGAGACGUGGCUGGGGAGGCAGGGGCCUGAGGGGCCCGGCUCCAUCCCUCCAGGCACCCUCACCACCCUCUGGGCUCUGUCCGUGGCCAUCUUUUCUGUGGGCGGCAUGGUCUCCUCUUUCCUCAUUGGUGUCAUCUCUCAGUGGCUGGGAAGGAAGAGGGCCAUGCUGGUCAACAACGGCCUGGCCGUGCUGGGGGGCGCCCUCAUGGGCCUGGCCAAUGCUGCCGCGUCCUACGAGAUGCUCAUCCUCGGACGGUUUCUCAUUGGCGCCUACUCAGGGCUCACGUCGGGGCUGGUGCCCAUGUAUGUGGGGGAGAUCGCCCCCACUCACCUGCGGGGUGCCUUGGGGACACUCAACCAACUGGCCAUCGUCAUCGGCAUCCUGAUCGCCCAGGUGCUGGGCUUGGAGUCCAUGCUGGGCACUGCCACCCUGUGGCCGCUCCUGCUGGGCCUCACGGUGCUGCCCGCGCUCCUGCAGCUGGCCCUGCUGCCCCUGUGCCCAGAGAGCCCUCGCUACCUGUACAUCAGCCGGAACCUGGAGGGGCCCGCCAGGAAGAGUCUGAAGCGCCUGACGGGCUGGGCCGACGUGUCUGGAGCGCUGGCGGAGCUGAAGGAGGAGAAGCGGAAGCUGGAGCGCGAGCGGCCACUGUCCUUGCUCCAGCUCCUGGGCAGCCGCACCCACCGGCAGCCCCUGGCCAUCGCUGUCGUGCUGCAGCUGAGUCAGCAGCUCUCGGGCAUCAAUGCUGUUUUCUACUAUUCAACCAGCAUCUUCGAGACAGCGGGGGUGGGGCAGCCAGCCUACGCCACCAUAGGGGCCGGUGUGGUCAACACGGUCUUCACCUUGGUCUCGGUGCUCCUGGUAGAGCGUGCAGGGCGUCGGACCCUCCAUCUCCUGGGCCUGGCGGGCAUGUGUGGCUGUGCCAUCCUGAUGACUGUAGCGUUGCUGCUGCUGGAACGGGUUCCGGCCAUGAGCUAUGUCUCCAUUGUGGCCAUCUUUGGCUUUGUGGCAUUCUUUGAGAUUGGCCCUGGGCCCAUCCCCUGGUUCAUCGUGGCCGAGCUGUUCAGCCAGGGCCCCCGCCCGGCAGCCAUGGCCGUGGCUAGUUUCUCCAACUGGACGUGCAACUUCAUCAUCGGCAUGGGUUUCCAGUAUGUCGCGGAGGCCAUGGGUCCCUACGUCUUCCUUCUGUUCGCGGUCCUCCUCCUCUGCUUCUUCAUCUUCACCUUCCUGAGAGUGCCGGAAACCCGGGGCCGGACGUUUGACCAGAUCUCCGCCGACUUCCGCCGGACACCCUCUCUCUUAGAGCAGGAGGUGAAGCCCAGCACGGAACUCGAGUACUUAGGGCCUGAUGAUGAGAAUGACUGAGGGGGCCCACCCCCCCGAGCCCCCUCCUCACCUGUGCACUUUAACCCUCUCUUCCCCGUUACUUCCAGGGUGGAGAACUCCCUGCAGCCUGGAGGGGAUCGGGAAGCUGGAGGGAAGGGUGGGCUUGGUGCCCCUCGUUCCCCUCGUGUGACCCUUGGAUUAUUUAUGUGGUGUGGUUAGGCUGUGGCCGGCAGGGCGGGCUGUCCUCCCCUCUCGUCCCCUCCUUCCUCAGGAGCGCACCCCGCCCCCACCCGGCCUCAGUGCCAGAAGACUGUGCCCCCUUGCUAGAGAAGGGGGGCUGCAGGGAGGAGGGGUCCUGGGACUGCUCGGCGGCCGCGACUGGAGCGGAGAGCAGGCCCGGAGAAGCUGCGCCCUGCCACCUCGGACUCCUCCUCCUCUGGCGCUUUCCUCUGAAUUCUUGCCUAACAGACUCUGGGCCAAGUGGGUCCUGCCUCCACCCCUCCCAGACGGAGGACGCACCCUCCCAGGGCCUCCUUCCGGCUCGGCUCGACCUUCUGGGGCAAGAUGGGAGCACGGGCCCACGCGGGGAGGGGGCCCCGGCUCUUGUGUCUUCUCCCAUCCUCAAGGGUGUGGUACCCACAAGCUCUGACCAACUGAGGGGAAGCAGAUUUGAAAGGCGGCCUGUAAACACGGGGCGGGAAGAACCUUCCGAGGUUUUGUGAAUCUUUGGGAAAGGGGUAGGGAGAAACCGGAGGGCCUCGGACGACCUGUAUAUAGAGACACGCAGACAUAAAGUCGCUGUACAAGA